AUGGGGCAGAGAUUGGCUCCCACCUUAGCUAUUUCAUUUAUGACCAAAAUUGAAGCACCUGUUCUGGAACUACGUCCAUUGUUCUACUCUCGGUACAUUGACGAUUGUUUUGUCAUUUGCGUCACCCAAGCGGAGAUGGACAAAUGUUUUGGCUUGUUGAACCGACAGUCCGAACACAUAAAACUUGCUAGGGAGAAACCACAGGAUAACUGGCUUCCUUUUCUGAACAUCCAGGUUUGCAUCUCAAACGGUACGUACCAAACGAAAUGGUAUCGUAAGCCCAGUAACAAAAACAUCUUGGUUCAUUUUCUUUCUGCUCAUCCAUUUCACAUGAAGAAAGCUGUGCUUAACAACAUGUUCCGCACGGCAAGAACUGUUUGUAGGGACCUGAGGAGAGAAGGAAUCAUUAACUUUGGCUCACGAAAUUGCUGUUUCGAAUGGUUAUGA